AAAGAUACACUGGGUUCUCACGGAAUCCCUUAACGCACGUAGCUCGCCAGGUUUUCCCCCAACACCAAUCCACUCUUACCCUCUCCAUGGUCCCCACCCCGGAUUCCCGUGACAUUUUUCCAAUACAACACUUAAUUGAGCAACUGAGAUUCUUCACGUGCGUGGUUGAUUUGUAGUUUGAACACGUGGCUCAUUCAAAUUAGCCGGAAUAUCCGUUUUUUUUUUCUUACCUCUUCUCUUUCUUGGUUUUAUUCAGAGGCGGGUGCGAACCUUAACGUGUGACAUUCUCUAGGCCAAGGGGUUUUGAUGAAGACAAAAAAGUAGUUUCUUCCUUUUCACCCAGCCCGCCAUCGUUUUGGAGAGAAGGAAUAAAUAAUUAAGAAUAUUUUUGUGCGCAAUAGAGGGGCGAGGAAGCGCAAACACUGACGAGGUAGCCCGUCAAAUAUAUCUGUGGCUCGAACGACCGGGGGAAGCACGCCACCGCCACUCCGUUUAGUAGUAAGGCGAUUUUGGCGACUCCAAACACUACACACCCGAGAUAUUAAAUAACGGUUAACCUUCUGCGUAAAGGUUGUCCAUUUCAGCGCAGAACAUGAAUAAGCUGUACAUUGGAAACGUGAGUGAAGAGGCGAGUGCGGAGGACUUGGAAACUAUAUUUGAGCAGUGGAAGAUUCCGCACAGUGGUCCGUUUCUCGUCAAAACUGGUUAUGCGUUCGUGGAUUGCCCCGAUGAAAAGAUUGCAAUGAAGGCCAUCGACAUUCUUUCAGGUAAAGUUGACCUACAUGGAAAACUCCUAGAGGUGGAGCACUCUGUCCCCAAACGUCAAAGGAGCUGUAAGCUGCAGAUCAGGAACAUCCCGCCUCAUAUGCAGUGGGAGGACAAGAAUCAUGACAAUGAACGUCAACCUGCGGUUGUGGUAGGAGUGGAGGGGCGACACCGAACAGUCUUUGAUGUUCUGGAUGGCAUGUUGGCCCAAUAUGGCACAGUGGAGAACUGCGAGCAAGUAAAUACAGACACAGACACUGCAGUGGUCAACGUCAGAUAUGGUGCGAAGGACCAGGCUAGACAGGCGAUGGAGAAGCUGAAUGGCUUCCUGAUGGAGAACUUUGCCCUGAAGGUGUCGUACAUCCCCGACGAGAUGGCCACCGCUGACGUCCCACCUCUGGGAGGGGGUAGGAGGGGCUUUGUCCCCCGUGGCCCGCCCCGCUCAGGUUCUCCGGGCCUGGGGGCGCGCCCCAAACUGCAGUCGGAAGUCCCCUUGCGCAUACUCGUUCCCACGCAGUUCGUAGGAGCCAUCAUCGGCAAGGAGGGAGCCACCAUUCGCAACAUCACCAAACAGACACACUCAAAGAUCGACAUCCACAGGAAGGAGAAUGCGGGAGCGGCAGAGAAGCCCAUCACGGUCCACUCCACCCCAGAGGGCUGCUCCAACGCCUGCAGAACCAUCAUGGAGAUCAUGCAGAAGGAGGCCCUUGACACCAAGUUUACUGAGGAGAUUCCACUCAAGAUUCUGGCUCACAACAACUUUGUGGGCCGACUGAUCGGGAAGGAAGGACGGAACCUAAAAAAGAUUGAAGUGGACACAGAGACCAAGAUCACCAUCUCCCCUCUCCAGGACCUGACCCUGUACAACCCUGAGAGGACCAUCACAGUGAAGGGUUCUAUCGAGGCCUGCUCCCGCGCCGAGGAGGAAGUCAUGAAGAAGGUCAGGGAGUCGUAUGAGAACGACGUGGCUGCUAUGAAUCUCCAGUCUAACCUGAUUCCAGGACUCAACCUGAAUGCUUUGGGUUUGUUCCCUGGUGGUGCUCCAGGUAUGGGCCCCUCCAUGGGACACAACGCCCCACCUCCCGGUGCCCAGGGUGGCUACUCCUCAUUCGGGGGCCAGGGGCAGCCGGAGUCGGAGACGGUCCAUCUGUUCAUCCCGGCGCUGGCGGUCGGAGCGAUCAUUGGAAAACAGGGUCAACACAUCAAGCAGCUGUCCCGCUACGCCGGAGCCUCCAUCAAGAUCAGUGCAGAGGAAGUCAGUGUCGUAGAUGCAAACCAGGUAGCCCCUCCAGAAGGUAUGGACACCAAGCAGAGGAUGGUGAUCAUUGCUGGACCACCAGAGGCCCAGUUCAAGGCUCAGGGUCGUAUCUUUGGGAAGCUAAAGGAGGAGAACUUCUUUGGGCCGAAGGAGGAGGUGAAGCUAGAGGCUCACAUCAAGGUGCCCUCUUUCGCCGCUGGACGCGUCAUUGGCAAGGGAGGCAAAACGGUGAAUGAGUUGCAGAACUUGACCAGUGCUGAGGUGGUGGUCCCCAGAGACCAGACACCUGACGAGAACGACCAGGUCAUUGUCAAAAUCACUGGACACUUCUAUGCAAGCCAGCUGGCCCAGAGGAAGAUCCAGGAGAUAUUGUCCCAGGUGAGACGACAACAGCAGCCCAAACCCUCACCCCGCGGGGAGGGACCCCCCCUCCCCCGCCCCUCCCGGAAGUAGAUGGGGGGUGUCCGGUUGGCCCAGGGGGGGCCAGUGACAGAACCGCCCCCAAAGACAGACCAGAGCAGAGACCAGAGGGGAAACACAGGCAGGGACAACGCGCUCAUCUCAGGGGUUAAGGGUCAUGGGUACCCAACUGUACACCCCCACUCUCGGCGACCUCCUCGACCUUACACACCCACCCCCACUUUCAACGACCUCCUCGACCUUACACACCCACCCCCCCCUCUCGACGAGCUCCUUGACCGACACUACCCCCACCCCCCCCCUCGACGAGCUCCUUGACCGACACUACCCCCACCCCCCCCUCUCGACGAGGUCCUUGACCGACACUACCCCCUUCUCGACGAGCUCCUUGACCGACACUACCCCCUUCUCGACGAGCUCCUUGACCAACACUACCCCCUUCUCGACGAGCUCCUUGACCGACACUACCCCCUUCUCGACGAGCUCCUUGACCGACACUACCCCCUUCUCGACGAGCUCCUUGACCGACACUACCCCCUUCUCGACGAGCUCCUUGACCGACACUACCCCCUUCUCGACGAGCUCCUUGACCGACACUACCCCCUUCUCGACGAGCUCCUUGACCGACACUACCCCCCCUCUCGACGAGCUCCUUGACCGACACUACCCCCCCUCUCGACGAGCUCCUUGACCGACACUACCCCCCCUCUCGACGAGCUCCUUGACCGACACUACCCCCCCUCUCGACGAGCUCCUUGACCGACACUACCCCCCCUCUCGACGAGCUCCUUGACCGACACUACCCCCCUCUCGACGAGCUCCUUGACCGACACUACCCCCUUCUCGACGAGCUCCUUGACCGACACUACCCCCUUCUCGACGAGCUCCUUGACCGACACUACCCCCUUCUCGACGAGCUCCUUGACCGACACUACCCCCUUCUCGACGAGCUCCUUGACCGACACUACCCCCUUCUCGACGAGCUCCUUGACCGACACUACCCCCACCCCCCCUCUCGACGAGCUCCUUGACCGACACUACCCCCACCCCCCCUCUCGACGAGCUCCUUGACCGACACUACCCCCACCCCCCCUCUCGACGAGGUCCUUGACCGACACUACCCCCCUUCUCGACGAGCUCCUUGACCGACACUACCCCCUUCUCGACGAGCUCCUUGACCGACACUACCCCCUUCUCGACGAGCUCCUUGACCGACACUACCCCCUUCUCGACGAGCUCCUUGACCGACACUACCCCCUUCUCGACGAGCUCCUUGACCGACACUACCCCCUUCUCGACGAGCUCCUUGACCGACACUACCCCUUCUCGACGAGCUCCUUGACCGACACUACCCCCUUCUCGACGAGCUCCUUGACCGACACUACCCCCUUCUCGACGAGCUCCUUGACCGACACUACCCCCUUCUCGACGAGCUCCUUGACCGACACUACCCCCUUCUCGACGAGCUCCUUGACCGACACUACCCCCCCCAGGCCGACACCACAGCUUGGAUAAGAGACCUUACCCCCCAACCCAUCGCCACACCUGUCUGCAUCUCUGUGAGAAUGUACUUGAGGGUUCCAACGUUGUCACCCACCCUCACCCCCUGCUCACCCUCGCCUCGGUCCUGAUUGGUUCCUUAAUUGUUUUAAUGUUUUUUUUGUUUUUGUACACUAGAAAACACAAAGAAGAAAUAAUAAUGAACUCCCUCCUGUCACCUCCCUGGUGUGGUAACACACUCAACCACCUCACAUGUUGAUGAUGGCUGUUAAUUUUGACUUUUGUUUUUACCUUUUUAUUUUAACUUUAGUUUUUUUUGACCUGGAUGAAGUGUUUGUUUAGUUGGUUGAAACUUUCUCUCCCGAGUUUUCUUUGGAAAGAAAAAGGCAUUGCUCUGAGUCCUUGUAGGAUGGAGAAAGGUUGGGGGGAGGGGUUUUGAUGGGGCGGGGCUCGGGGUAAUACUCUGGUGUUUGAUUGGACAGGGGCCCCGGUGGUGGUCUAACAGGGCACCCCUGUCCUGCUAUUGAUAGUGGCAUUUUAUAAAUUCGGAUGCAUUUUAUAGAUAUAUAAAAUAUAUUUAGAGGCGAGGAUAACACUGUCAUUAACACUUAAGGGACGUGUUGAACGGUGUUGGCCAGGAGAACCAAUUUAAUAUGCAUUGUACUGAACUACCUCAGGAUCUCUAGUACCUCAAGAAGAUGAAGAGAAAAAGAAAAUAAUUAUAUAUAUGAAAAAAAUGUUCCUUUCUUUUUUAUUUUGCUUUGUGGUAUUUUGUAUACUUUAUAAAGCUAAUAGUUAUUGAACAUUUUUAUUUUUUUAAGAAAAUUUAAAAUUUGGUCAGCUGCCAACUGACCUUGCCUUCAACUCUAGCGCUCUCCGGCGGCGGCCACGUGUACAAUGUCUGUCGACGGUGGCCCUGUUCAUAGAGUCUCUGUACAUAGAGCCCAGGGCAGAGUUGGCACCAAACUGUUGGCUGCUGACGGGAGUAUCGAGAGAAGAAAUUGCCUCAGUUUUCCUGAGGUGUAUCCACCAUCUAAUGAAAACUACAAACAAUGAAUAUAUUAGAGUAAUGCUGAAUAAUGCCAACCGUACAUACUGCAGCAAUGCCGUUUAGUUUUGGGAUUCUGACAUUCUAUUUGUUGACGGUACGUUACAUUUUUCACACAAUGAUUUUUCCUUUUGCCUUCCUGGAAGUGCAAUGGGUAGCACACAAAUGGAGGGGACUGAACACUGAGUUCUCUCUCUGUAGCCUCCAUAGAAAUGGACAUGUUAGAGCAGUACUGUCUGUUGUCAGUUGUAUUUCUGUUACCUGCUUAGGCCUUACCUGCUUUAUUACAUCAUCCUAGUCUCAAAUAGCACCCCAUUUCCCUUAUAGUGCUCCAAGUUGUACACAACAUGGAAAAUAGGGUGCCAUUUGGAAGUCAUCCCAGGUUUGUGACAGGCUGAAGUGCAGUCCACAGCCUGACUAGGGUUUUUUCAGAGGGAGCUUGGCCAUGUGCGGUGGCCCCAGUAGCCGCAGUCGGUCUACGUUAGUGUCAUUCACUGCAUGGUGAAAGUAAGGGGAGUCACACUGACGGAUGCUUAUUUUGCUAUAGAAACUACGUUAACUGAAGGUUGCGUUUGUUUAACCAGCAGCUGCAAUCUUGAUUGAAGUGAGAGAAGUUUCAAUUGUUAUUCAUCAUAAAAAUCCAAGAUGCACACAAGAAAAUGUACUAAAUUUACCUUGAUUGGGAUGGGAAAGAUAAGUAAAAAAAAAGUUAAAAAAACACGAUAACGAAAUACUAUACCAAGUUUUUCCUUUCUUUUUGAUUUCAUGCAGAAUGUAAAUAUGUUUUGAUUGUGGUAAAAGUGCUCGUGUGUAUCCAUGCUUCCACAGUAGAACGCUGUCUACCUCAGCUGAGGGGGGUUUGUGGUGGCACCGCCCUCACCCCGCCUAGCGCCCACGCGCUCGCUGCGAUACCUCAGUCCCCCCAGGAACACUUCUCUGCAUGGGCUCGUGCGUGCUCACGCGGUUCAACCUCGCGCUGAUGUCCACGAGGGGCACAAGUGACGUUUAUUAUUUCCCCCUCCCUUUCUCCACCUGUUUUUUUUUAUCUACCUCUUUAGAUACAUUUGAAUUAGAGACAAACUUCUAUUUGUUAGAUUUAGGGUUAUUCUCCCACUGUCCCCCUUCUGAUUUCCCAGAUAUUAAUGAAAAUAAAUAAAUCAUGUACUCUUUAGAAUUUGAACGAAUAAUGGAAAAGUUCAGAUAUUUCCUUUGCCAGUGUUUAUAUAUAUUUAUAAUACUCUUAGCUUAAUUGAUUGUAAAUCCUCAAGAUUUUGCUUUUCUUUCUGCUUUUCUUUUUGAUGGUGUGGCUUCCAUGUAUUGAACUUUCUUGCCUGGGUUUUUCGUGAAAAAAAGGUCAAAUUCACCGGUUUAAGUUUUUGGAUUCAAUGACUGGACGAUAAGUAACAAACAAAUGUUUAAAAAAAGGACCUGCCUUUUUGUUUCUGGUUUGAGACUAAAAAUAAAUACUAAGCCAGUCUUCUUUCUUACCUUUUUAUGUCUUUACGGAUGCUACAUUGGCCUGCUGAUUUGAUAACAAUUUGUUCGGUUAGCAUUUCCUGGAUGUGUAAUGUGGAAAAUCAUGUUUGUGUGGGAAAGAGGGACUGGGUUUGGGAAUCAGUUUUUGGAAAAGUAUUCUGGUUUAAGCAUGAUACCCCCCCCUCCCUGCGACCAUGCUUUUGCCCCUUCACCCCCCUCACAGCUCAACUUGUCAAAUGCCUCUGAAUAAAUAAAAAAAAUGAAAUUGGC